AUGAUGACGCAACAAAGGUCAGUGAAGAGCCAGCCGGUCAGGUGGCAGGGUGAAGACGUACAACGAGGUGACACAUGUUCCACCUUAAUUGCAAGUAACGUUGUAACCGGUCCGAUGAUGGCCAACCACGCAACGGGCACACAACAACAGCACUUCGGACCGGUACAGCUGGCCAUCGCACCGGUCGAAAUUCGACCGCUGGCCGGCCAAUGCUUCCGGUCUGUGACCGAUGGCCCUUCUGAUAUCGGAAAGCUCAUUACGGUCACUUCCUUAGUGCCAACGUCCGGCCGGGGAUGUGCUCGACGACACGACACAGUGGCGGGGUCAGUGCGUGGUCAGUCAAUUGGCUGA